AUGCCGAUACGAGGGGGGAGCCGGGGAAGGCGAGGUCGCCGGGUGAUGGACGAGGAACAACCACUCCCCGAGGAAGUGGAGAUGGAGGAGAAUUUGAGAAAAGAGUUAGAAAACAAAUUCAAGCCCAUGUUUGAACAGCAUGGACGCGAAGGGCUGCCCCUAAACAACCUACGGGAUGAGCUCAUAGAUGAGGGAAUCACAGAGAAUAUUCCUGACGAAAGAGUUCAGGAACUCCUGUUGAGGGCAGAUGCUGAUGGCGACGCCCACAUAACUUACAAGGAGUUCAUGGCAAUGAUGACCCGUGACUUGACCAAAGCUGAGCGAUCUGCCUUCAGAAGUGUUCUAAGGGAUGCCAUCGCAGACAUCUUGCCUAAACAUAUGCGAGAGGACUUCAUAGCAAACUACACCUGUUGUCCCCCUCCCCUCUUCAUGAUUAUCAUCAGUAUAGUCGAGAUUGUAGUAUUCGUUGUGUAUGCGAUGGAACUAAAAGACACGAAAACACCAGUCACUGCUACCUCAGGUGUUCCUACCUACAGCCCACUGAUCUACUUACCAAAGCGCAGAUAUGAAGCUUGGAGAUUCCUCACAUACAUGUUCAUACACCAAGGGUAUCUUCAUAUCAUCUCUAAUCUCAUUUUUCAACUUUUACUUGGUCUGCCUUUGGAAAUGGUCAACAAGUUCUGGAGAAUUCUCGCCAUUUAUGUUUUGGGUGUCAUAGCUGGAUCUCUGGCCCACUCAGUGACAGAUCAUGAUGUUGCUUUGGCUGGUGCUAGUGGAGGCUGUUAUGCUUUGAUAGGUGCCCACAUAGCUUCUGUAAUAGUGAACUGGAAGGAAAUGAAUUACAAGUGUUUUGAGGGGAAUAUUUGCCGGUUCCUUCUGAGUGCCCCUGUGAGAUUGACGUUGCUGCUCACAUUCUCCAUCCUAGACACAGGCAAUGCAGUGUACAGGAGAUUCUUUGAUAGCAGUGCUACUACAAAGAUUGGGAUUUCUGCACAUAUUGGUGGAUUGUUGGCAGGUCUUCUUCUUGGAAUCCCAAUUCUGAAGAACAUCAAAGAACUGCCAUGGGAGAAGACCCUGGGCUGGGUGACUUUAGCAGUAUAUCUUGUGUUUGUGUCCUUUGCCAUGUUUUUCAAUGGUUUAUACCCAGGCUACCCCGAGACAGACUGGUCCUCUCUGUAG